GAAUUUUGACUUCAGCAUGGUUCUUCUGCCCUGCCCCUGGGAUUUCCUUGCUGUCAAGAAGAACUUUCUUGUCCUUUCUUGUCCGACAUCGAUUUCCUCUUUUUUUCUUUCCGUGACUGUGCCCAAACCUAAAGAUAUGGAAGAGUCUGGAAAAUCGUUUAUGUUUGAGGGUGACAUGUCGCUACCAGCGGAUCUGGAAGUAGCAGGAACCGGUACCAGUCAUACGACUCCUGCAUCGAAUAUUCCAUCUGUGUCCCUUCUGUCCCUUGCAUCGAAUAUACCCCCUGUGUCCCGACUUGCAUCGAAUGUGCCCCCUGUGUCCCUUGUGUCCCAGUUCCUUGCAUUGAAUUAUGUGCCCCCUGUGUCCCGACUUGCAUCGAAUGUGUCCCCCUCACCGGCUGAUGCCUGUAGGCAUUCCGCGGAGGAAGCCUUCGUAGAAGAGGUGCAGCGACGCCGGUGUUUGUGGGACACCUCUGCUGUGGAAUACAGAGAUAUGCUGAUGAAAGAACGCGCUAGGGCAAUUGUUGCCGUAUCGGAAGCGGCGAAAGCGCUGAACCUGACAGACGCAAGGGCGUGCAAAGCAAAAUUUAAAAACGUCAGGGAUACAUACAUGCGCCACAAGAAGGGACAUGCUGCAAAACAGCCCCGCAGCGGUUCCGGCGCUGUAUGUAUCCCUGACCCCUCAUGGCCCCUUUGGGCAUGCAUGCAGUUUCUGCGGCAUACUGUUCGACACAGACAAACCACCAGCAACGUUGCUAUUGUGGACAACGUUGAGCAUGACGUUUCGAACUACACACUGCCUAGCGACCCACCAUAUCUACCUCCGUCAUCACCAUUGGAACCAGCACCCAUCGACGUUCUGCAAAGUGAUGAUGCCGCGGCCUCCCCCGUAUUAGUUCCAAGCCCAGUAGAGCCACUCCCUUCCCACAACGAAACCGUCCAAUGCACCACCAGUAGUCCUGUGAUUAGCGAUGUCCAGCGCCCAGGAAAGAGGAGACGUCAAUUGGACGAGGGAAUGGAGUCGAGACUCUUGGGAUCGGCAGAGCCACUCCCUUCCCGCAACGAAAUCGUCCAACGCACCACCAGUAGUCCUGUGAUCAGCGAUGUCCAGCGCCCAGGAAAGAGGAGACGUCAAUUGACGAGGGGAGUGAGUCGAGACUCUCAGGAUUGGCAGAGCCACUCCCUUCCCGCAACGAAAUCGUCCAACGCACCACCAGUAGUCCUGUGAUCAGCGAUGUCCAGCGCCCAGGAAAGAGGAGACGUCAAUCGGACGAGGGAAUGGAGUCGAGACUCUUGGGAUUGGCAGAGCCACUCCCUUCCCGCAACGAAAUCGUCCAACGCACCACCAGUAGUCCUGUGAUCAGCGAUGUCCAGCGCCCAGGAAAGAGGAGACGUCAAUCGGACGAGGGAAUGGAGUCGAGACUCUUGGGAUUGGCAGACACUAUAAUGUCAGUGCCCAAGCGAACACCUGCAAAUGAGGAAAGGAAGGAAUUGACGGGAGAUGAGGCAUGGUGCAAGUCGGUCGUCGAUACUCUCGGCAGACUUGCACCCCGGAAACGAGCCGAGGCGAAAGUUAAAAUCCAGCAAGUCUUGUUAGAGAUGGAAUUCGACGAGUAGCUGGACGAUUGCCUUCCUUGCUUGUGUGUGUUUUUUCCUUUCGGUUUUUUCCUGCACGUUCUUUUGCCAAGUUGUUGUUUGUUUCCGCAAAGCUUCCGGUUGUUUGCUGUGCAGUUUCUUUUCUAGUUGUGCUUUGCUGUGCACAUUUUCGUCUUUCAACGCUUGAUGUUCUUUAAUACCAUUAUUAUUUGCCAUGGCGACCCCCGUAAGUCCACGUAACUGGCAGGGCAGGGUUGGGCCUUUUCUAUUUCUUGAAAAAAAAACUGUUCCUUUGAAUUGGGAUUGAGUGAAAUGUUGUGCGAAGGUUUUGCUCUGAACAAUGCUACACAUUGUUUUUUUAGUCAAGGCAGUCAUUGCUUUCUUUUCGCAUGUAGGGAAUUACAAGAAAAUGAAGAAUG